AUGUUUUCAACUGCAAGACCAGAUACAUUAUUUUUGGGGGCUCAGAAGAUCAGUGGUGAUGAUGUUCGUAUUCAAACUGUUUUGGCGGCUCAAACGGUAGCUAAUGUUGUAAAAUCUUCAUUAGGGCCAGUGGGUUUAGAUAAAAUGUUGGUUGAUGAUAUUGGUGAUGUUACAGUUACUAAUGAUGGAGCUACAAUUUUAUCAUUAUUAGAUGUUCAACAUCCAGCAGGUAAAAUAUUGGUGGAAUUGGCUCAACAACAAGAUAGAGAAGUUGGUGAUGGUACAACUUCAGUUGUAAUUAUUGCUGCAGAAUUAUUAAAAAGAGCUCAUGAAUUAGUUCGAAAUAAAAUUCAUCCAACCACUAUAAUAAGUGGGUAUAGAUUAGCAUUAAAAGAAGCUAUUAGAUAUAUCAAUCAAAAUUUAUCACAAAGUGUUGAUCAUUUAGGUAAAGAAACUUUAAUAAAUAUUGCAAAAACAUCAAUGAGUUCAAAAAUUAUUGGAUCAGAUUCAGAUUUUUUCAGUAAAUUAUGUGUUGACGCAAUGUUGGCUGUUAAAACUACAAAUUCCAAAAAUGAAACUAAAUAUCCAGUUAAAGCUGUUAAUAUUUUGAAAGCCCACGGUAAAUCAUCAUUAGAAUCAGUUUUAGUUAAUGGUUAUGCAUUAAAUUGUACAGUUGCAUCUCAAGCAAUGGUUAAAUCAGUAAAGAAUGCUAAAAUUGCAUGUUUGGAUAUUAAUUUACAAAAAGCUAGAAUGGCAAUGGGAGUUCAAAUUAAUAUUGAUGAUCCAGAUCAAUUAGAAGAAAUUAGAAAAAGAGAGUAUGGUAUUAUAAUUGAAAGAAUUCAAAAAAUUUUAGCUAGUGGGGCAAAUGUUGUUUUAACAACUAAAGGUAUUGAUGAUUUAUGUUUAAAAGAAUUUGUUGAAAAUAAUUGUAUGGCAGUUAGACGUUGUAAAAAAGAAGAUUUAAGAAGAAUUGCAAGAGCUACUGGUGCUACAUUAGUAAGUUCAUUAUCUAACUUAGAAGGUGAUGAAGUAUUUGAAUCAUCAAAUUUGGGUUAUGCAGAAGAAGUUGUUCAAGAAAGAAUUAGUGAUGAUGAAUGUAUAUUAAUAAAAGGUACAAAACAACAUUCAUCAAGUUCAAUAAUAUUGAGAGGUGCAAAUGAUUAUUCAUUAGAUGAAAUGCAAAGGUCAAUUCAUGAUUCAUUAUCAGUAAUAAAAAGAACAUUAGAAUCUGGUCAUGUUGUACCAGGUGGCGGGGCUGUUGAAACAGCUUUAAACAUAUAUUUAGAAAAUUUUGCAACAACAGUUGGUUCUAGAGAACAAUUGGCAAUUGCAGAAUUUGCACAAGCUUUAUUAGUUAUACCUAAAACUUUAGCAAAUAAUGCAGCAAAAGAUUCAAGUGAAUUAGUUUCAAAAUUAAGAACUUAUCAUGCAAUGUCACAAUUGGCAAAACAAGAUGAUGAAAAAAGAAAGAAAUAUAAAAAUUAUGGUUUAGAUUUAAUUAAUGGUAAAAUUGUAAAUGAAGCAGAUUAUGGUGUUUUAGAACCAACCAUAUCUAAAGUCAAAUCAUUAAAAUCUGCUUUAGAAGCUUGUGUUUCAAUUUCAAGAAUUGAUACGAUAAUUGAAGUACAUCCAGAGCCUCCAAAACAAGAUCCUCAUGAUCAUUAA